AUGGAGGGCAGCCCAGAGCAGCUCUGCCUGGGCAGGAUGCCAGCGGAGGCAAGGGACAGCCAGGGCUUGGCUGAACUCCAGGAGCUGGCCCUGAAGUGGUUCAUGGAGACGCAGGCCCCCUACAUCCUGCAGAAUGGAGCCCUGCCCCCUUGGUUUCAUGGAUUCAUCACCCGCAAGGAGACAGAGGAACUACUCAAGGACAAAGCUCUUGGUUCCUUCCUCAUCCGCCUCAGUGACCGGGCUGCUGGCUACAUCUUGUCCUACAGGGGCAACGAUCGCUGCCGGCAUUUUGUCAUCAACCAGCUCCGAAACCGGCGCUACCUUAUCUCGGGGGACACCCUUAGCCACAGCACCCUGGAGGAGCUCGUGCGCUACUACCAGGAGGCGAAGCUGGAGCCCUUCGGAGAGACCCUCGCUGCUGCCUGCCCCAGGCCAGAGGACAAUGAUUUGUAUGAUGCCAUCAACAUGGGCCUCCAGCAGAGCAGCCUGGGUCUGGGAGAUCCACCUUCCAUUGACUCCUCAGUGACUCCCAACAAGGCCACCAGCCCCAGCCUCCCUCCAAAGCCCCAAGUCUCCUUCCUGCACACCAAGAAGUGCCUGACUGUGGGUUCCCGGACCCUCUCCAAGGAGGAGAGUGCAGAGCCCCCUAACAGGUGCCCUCCCAUCCCCCAGAGGAACCCCUCUCUUCUGGAUGAGCCUCCGGCAGGGCCCGGUGACAUCGGUGACAUCGUCUACGCAGACCUGAGGAAGAUGAAGGGAGCCCAGCCAGGCCUGGGGGCAGAGGUGUCUUGCAGGUCUAGCCCAGCGCUGGCUGGCAGCUCGGCUUGCUCCCUAGGCUGGGAGACCUUGAGGAAACCUUCUGGUGGAGAUCAGAACAGGCCUGAUGGCCCAGGGCCUGCCCUAUCUGGAGUGAAGCCAGACCAGGGCCUUGUGGUGUCUUCCACUGCCUCGGGGUUCCUCCUGCCCACCAGUUCUGAGGCCCUGGGGUCCCGGGCUACUACCUGGAGGCAGUUGAGCCAUGAGGCUCAGUCCUCCUCUGAGGUCAGCUCUACAGACACCUACCAGCUCGUUGGGACGGCAGACCUGCGACCGGUGGCCAGGGAUGUAGCAGACCAAGGAGGCCUGGCCUACGAGCAGAUUCCGACCUGCUGGAGCAGCGUCACCAGGAUCCCACACCCUGUGGUCAGUCCUACAUACAGCAAGCUGUCCGGGCCUGUGGACUGUGCCUAUGAGAGCAUCUUGGGGACCUCAGGGUUCCCGGAGCCUAGAAACACCUAUGAGCAGAUCCCAGCAUCCAAGGCAGGACGCACACACAAGCCCGACAAGCUCCGAAGGCUCUUCUUCAUGGACAAGAAACACAAGUUCUGAGGAGGGCCUGCCAUGCAGUGGAUUUCCUGGCACCCGGACACCUUCAGCUCACCUCAACGUGUGGCCCAACCAGUCACUGUGGAACCAGGCUCAGAGAACCAGCGUUCGCACCUGCUGGGCAAGGGGCACGAGGGGCCUCGCAGCCA